AGAUCAGCUAACAUGAUACAAACAUUUUUUUUUUAAAUAAAAAAAAAAAAAUGUUCUGAUCUGGAACUAAGGUUUCAAAAAAUAGAAUCAGAAAACGAAUUGGAUAAUUGGAUAAUCCGAUCCGAAUCACCAGAUAUCAAUUGGAUAAUCCGAUCCGAAUCAGCCAAUUCUUCCAAUCCGAUUCAUAAUUCAUGUCUUGGGAGACACCGGACAUGUUAGGGGGAGGGUGCGGGGAGGCGGUAGCCGCAGGAUCGCUUCCAGCCAACCAGGUUUUUUUUCAGGGAAAGUAAUGGAGCACCCAGUUUUCCAAAUCCACGUCCGCUCUGGGACUCCGAACAACUUUAUAAAUCCACUGAAGAAGAGCCACGGAAGAAGAAAAGCCCAACAACAAUGGCUACCUUCAUCGCUCGCAGAUUCACGACGAACCUUAUCAGACCCUGUCGCUCUUCCUCUUAUUCCGUAUUCCCCGCCUAUUCCAUCUCCGAAAGCGCUAUGCCUUUUACCUCCGCUUCUUCCUCUCCCUCUUACACCCAUUUCAGAGGUAGAAUGCUCAUCGCACCAGAUCACUCGAGUCGAAUAUCCGAUCGAUCAUCCCAUUUGAUUAGUACUCUACUAGAUUCCAUCACGCCUUGUAAGUCCCUGGCGGCUCGAUUUGAGAAACCCAUGAACCAUGAUUUAAGUUUCUUCAGAGUUUACUCAAGCUCUGCAUCUAAGUUCAACAUCCCUCCCCGUUUGAUACCCAGAGACCCUAACACUGGACUCAGAUUUUUCUCAACACCUUGUGAUGAUACGAACUCGGAGAAAAUCAAAUACUCUAGUCAGAACCCUGAAUUGAAACACCAAGAGUUCGAAGGCCCGACAGUCGAGCGCGAUCUCUCUGCUCUCGCCAAUGAAAACAGGCAAGUGUUAGAAGGAAUGAUGAGGACCAUCUUUGAUUUGAGCAAAGCCGUUGCUCUUCUGGGUAUUGCCCAGCUCAGCUGUGGAGCUUGGAUCUAUUACAUUACUCGAUCUUCCCCAAUUACGGAAGUCUCAAUUCAGAGUCUUGUGGCGUUUGCUUACCCCUUCUCUUUGGCAAUCCUUCUGCGGCGAUCGCUGAAAAUAAUGUGUUUCUUUAAGAAGAUGGAGGAGCACGGACGAUUGCAGAUACAUACCCUAACUCUUCAGAUUGCUAAAAAUGUGAAUCUCUUCUUUGUGCGAGUACGUGGUGUUUCCUUGAUUUGUACUGUAGGCAUGUCGGUUGGGUUACUGUUUAGUGCGUUAUCAAGAUAACUUACUAGAGUGACAUUGUAAAAUUACAAAUAUCUCUUUACCCAAUCUGAGAAUUUUCAAUACAAAUGACAAUACUUUCUUGGA